UAUCUAAAUCUCCUUCCUUCUGAUGAAAAGUUAGUUAUUUCAGAGAAUGAUGAUGGUGACUUGAGCUCUUUUAAAGUACGAGCUCGCCCUACUCCUAGACUGGCUCAGUCAAUGCUUUCUGAAGUGGUUUCUCAGUCAUCCCAUAGAUCAUCCAAGUAUCGCAGAAGUGUGAGCGGCCUUACAAAUGUACAGGAAACUUUGAAAGAGAAACAGGCAAGAUACAGAGAUGCAAGAGAAAACCGGAAAAUGAAAAUUGACAAUUUACACAGAUACAUAUUUGAAGUUCUAGCUGAGACGCUUGGCCUAGAUGUUGUAACUGUUGAAGAAUUAAUUUUGGAUUGCCCAUCUCUGGAUGCAUUUACUUAUUUUUUCAUGAAAGAUGGUUGUAAGACUUUGAAAAUUUUAUAUCAAGAAGGAGAUGUACCUAGCAUUGAAUGUGGCCGAACUAUUCCUGGAGUGAGCAAAGGAGCAAGAAUGAUGCGACUGUAUAUAGAUAGUGCACCAGAGUCAAUAAAAGGAACUUGUGUAUUUUUUGUUCGCUGUCACAAUGAUAUUCCUAUAACUGUUAAAAAUAUUUAUGAGGAUGUGCUAUUUACUAAUUUGGAUGCUUCAAAUGGACUCCUAGUUGGAAUUAAGAACAUGCUGUCAAGUAUAUUUCUACCAGCUAUUCUUGCAACAAAUAAUUGGGGUGCUUUAAACCAAUCCAAGCAAGGAGAAUCUGAAAAACUCAUUUUUAUUGAUACUUUCAAUAGAUACCUUUCAUUUUUGGAUGGAGCUAGAAUAAGUAUUGAAGGAACAGUUACAUUAAAGAAGAUAGACAAUAUUGAUUUUUCCAAACUUCAUACUUUUGAAGAAGUGACUGCCGCAGCUAGCAAUUCAGAAACUGUUCGUCACCUAGAAGAUGUGCUAAUGAUAUGGUACAAACAGAUAGAACAGGUACUAAUUGAAAGUGAACAGAUGAGAAAAGAAGCUGAUGAUUCAGGUCCGCUCACUGAACUGGAACAUUGGAAACGCAUGUCAGCCAAAUUCAAUUAUAUCAUAGAACAGAUUAAAGGACCCAGUUGUAAAGCCAUCAUAAAUGUGCUUAAUGUUGCACACUCCAAACUAUUAAAGAGUUGGCGUGAUUUGGAUGCAAGAAUCACUGAUACAGCAAAUGAAUCAAAAGAUAAUGUCAGAUAUUUGUACACUCUAGAAAAAGUCUGUCAACCUCUAUAUAAUUAUGAUCUAGUUUCUAUGGCACAUGGAAUACAAAAUUUAAUUAAUGCCAUCAGAAUGAUUCAUAGUGUGUCAAGGUAUUAUAAUACUUCAGAAAGAAUGACCUCACUGUUUAUCAAGGUUACAAACCAAAUGGUGACAGCAUGUAAAGCCUAUAUUACUGAUGGAGGAACAGUUCAUAUCUGGGAUCAAGAAACACCAGUUGUAUUAACUAAGAUUCAGGAUUGUAUUUUUCUAUUCAAGGAAUAUCAGGCAUCCUUUCACAAAACAAGGAAACAGAUUUUAGAAUCCUUAGGGGAAAAAUCAUUCGAGGUUUCAGAAAUGUACAUAUUUGGAAAAUUUGAAGCUUUCUGCAAAAGACUGGAGAAGAUUACAGAAAUGAUAACAAUUGUGCAGACGUUUUCAGCGUUGAGUAAUUCUACCAUCGAGGGAAUAGAUAUAAUGGCAAUAAAAUUCAAAAAUAUAUAUAAUGGUGUCCAGAAAAAGCUGUAUGAUAUUCUGGAUCCAAGGAGGACAGAAUUUGAAACUGAUUUCUCAGAUUUCAUGACAAAAAUCAAUGCUUUAGAGGCACAAAUACAGGCAUUUAUGAACAGUAGUUUUGGGAAAAUUUUGUCUUCUCAGCAGGCUCUUCAGCUACUUCAAAGGUUCCAGAAGCUUAAACUCCCCUGCCUUCAAUUAGAAAUAAACCAUACAAUUGAACGUAUUCUCCAGUUUUAUGUGGCUGAGCUUGAAGCUACUAAAAAGAUUUAUCUUUCUCAAAAAGAUGACCCUCCUCUUGCUCGGAACAUGCCUCCUGUAGCAGGAAAAAUCCUCUGGGUGAGACAGCUCUACCGCCGGAUAAGUGAACCCAUUAACUAUUUCUUUAAAAAUUCAGACAUUUUAUCAGGCCCAGAGGGUAAAGCUGUUAUUCGACAGUAUAACAAAAUCUCCUACGUUCUGGUGGAAUUCGAGGUGAUCUAUCACACAGCCUGGUUCAAAGAGAUUUCCCAGCUGCAAUAUGCUCUGCAAGCCACACUUUUGGUGCGACAUCCAGAAUCAGGGAAGUUACUAGUUAAUUUUGACCCCAAAAUUUUGGAAGUUGUACGGGAAACCAAGUGCAUGAUAAAAUUGAAGCUGGAUAUACCAGAUCAGGCAAAGAAAAUAUUAAAAAUGGAAAACAAAUUAAAAGCAGACAAAUUGUAUUUGCAGGGUCUUCUGCAGUAUUAUGAUGAUUUAUGUCAGGAAGUACCUUCUGUGUUUGUCAAUUUGAUGGCCCCUAAAAUGAAAAAGGUAGAAUCUGUUUUGAGACAGGGGCUCACAAUAUUAACAUGGUCGUCUUUAACUCUAGACAGCUUCUUUAAGGAGGUUGACUCAGUGUUGGAGAUGUUCAAUCAACUUUUAAAGAAGAUCAAUGACUUGUGUGAAAUGCAUAUUGAUACAGUUCUAAAGGAGAUCGCAAAAACUGUAUUAAUUUCCCUGUCUGAUAAAGGUGCUACCAAAGUGGAAGAUAUGUUGACUCUCAAUGAGGUCUAUACAAAAGAAUGGGCUGAUGUUUUAAACCAAAAAAGUAAGCACGUGGAAGAAGCUGUCAAAGAGCUUAUUACAAUAUUUGAGAGUAUUUAUGAAGUUAAGUACAGUGCAAAAACAGUAAAAACAUCACCACCAGAACAGAGGAAACGUGUUGCUUUUGGAAGUGAAACUGAUGAGGGUGAAAAUGCUGAGUAUGAUGCUAUGGAGGAGCUUAAAGUUAACGAUAAGGAAGAUGAAUUUAAAAAGGAAUGUAAAGAGGUCUUUGCUUUUUUCUCUCAUCAAUUGCUAGACAGUCUUCAAAAAGCUACACGACUGUCUCUGGACACCAUGAAAAAAAGAAUAUUUGUUUCAAGCCCUGGACGAAAGCGAUCAGAUGAUGUUGUUUCCUUUAUAAAAUCUGAAGUACAUCUUGCGAUUCCUAAUGUGGUGAUGGUUCCUAGUUUGGAUGAUAUUCAGCAAGCCAUUAACCGUAUGAUUCAGUUAACCCUGGAGGUCAGCAGAGGUGUGGCUCACUGGGGGCAACAGCAGGUCAGGCACAUCAAAGCUGCCAUUAGUCCUAAGGACACUGAUGCGACCUAUCCAAGCACAGGAAAACCAUUGAAGAGAGAAGACAAAUCCUUUGAAGAAAUUAUUCCUGCAAGGAAACUGAAGAAUUUUUACCCGGGUGUAGCAGAACACAAGGAUAUUUCCAAAUUGGUUCUCCUCCUUUCUUCCUCUGUGAAUUCUCUCAGAAAGGUGGCUCAAGAGGCCCUGCAGGACUUUCAAAAGUACAAGACACUCUGGACAGAAGACCGGGAAGUGAAAGUAAAGGAGUUUUUGUCUAACAACCCUUCUCUGACUGAAAUUCGAUCAGAAAUUCUACACUACGCUACUUUUGAACAAGAGAUUGAAGAAUUGAAGCCUAUUAUUGUUGUAGGACCACUUGAAUUGCAUACAGAGCCAAUGAAAUUGGCCUUAUUAGUUGAAGCUAAGGCAUGGAAGAUGUUACUUUGUCGAUAUUUGAAUGAAGAGUACAAAAAGAAAAUGUUAGACAUGAUAGUAUUUAUCAAUGAAUACUUGAAAAAAUUAUCUAGACCUAUUCGUGAUUUAGAUGAUGUCAGAUUUGCAAUGGAAGCCUUGUCAUGUAUUCGUGAUAAUGAAAUUCAAAUGGAUAUGACUUUGGGACCAGUUGAAGAAGCUUAUGCUAUUUUAAACAGAUUUGAAGUUGAAGUAACUAAAGAAGAAUCAGAAGCAGUUGAUACCUUGAGAUAUUCUUUCAACAAAUUGCAGAGCAAAUCUGUUUCUGUACAAGAUGAACUGGUUCAACUGCAGCCUAAGUUUAAAUAUGAUCUACUUGAGUCAGUGGAAGUUUUUCAGGAAGAUGUAGUGAACUUUGCAGAAUCAUAUGAAGCGGAAGGACCUAUGGUUCCAAAUAUACCACCCCAAGAAGCUAGCAAUAGACUACAAAUAUUUCAGGCCAAUUUUGAUGAUCUGUGGAGAAAAUUUGUUACCUACUCAUCAGGUGAACAACUUUUUGGAUUACCUGUGACUGACUAUGAGGUAUUACACAAAAUCAGAAAAGAACUUAACUUGUUGCAAAAGUUGUAUGGAUUAUACGAUACUGUAAUGGGCAGUAUCAGUGGCUAUUAUGAGAUACUUUGGGGAGAUGUUGACAUUGAAAAAAUUAAUGGAGAACUGCAGGAAUUUCAAAACAGAUGUCGUAAACUUCCCAAAGGACUUAAGGAUUGGCAAGCUUAUUUGGAUCUCAAAAAAAGAAUUGACGACUUCAGCGAGUCAUGUCCUCUCCUGGAAAUGAUGACCAAUAAGGCGAUGAAGCUGAGACAUUGGGAUCGAAUCGCCGAGUUAACUGGAACCCCAUUUGAUGUGGAGUCUGAUUCUUUUUGUCUAAGAAAUAUUAUGGAAGCACCUCUGCUAAAAAAUAAGGAUGAUAUUGAGGAUAUUUGCAUAUCUGCCAGUAAGGAGAAGGAUAUUGAAGCCAAGUUGACUCUGGUGAUUGAGAACUGGACCAAUCAGAAUCUGAGUUUUGCCCCAUUUAAAGGAAAGGGGGAGCUUCUGCUCAAAGGAACAGAAUCUGGAGAAAUUAUCACCCUGAUGGAGGAUAGCUUAAUGGCUUUGGGUUCCUUACUCAGCAACAGAUAUAAUACUCCAUUUAAGAAAACUAUUCAGAAUUGGGUAUAUAAAUUGUCCACGUCCUCAGAUAUAAUUGAAGAGUGGCUGGUUGUCCAGAACCUUUGGGUUUAUCUUGAAGCAGUCUUUGUAGGUGGUGAUAUUGCCAAACAACUACCUCAGGAAGCAAAACGUUUCCAGAAUAUUGACAAGUCAUGGAUAAAAAUAAUGCAAAGAGCUCAUGAGAAUCCUAAUGUAAUUAGUUGCUGUGUUGGAGAUGAAACCAUGGGGCAACUUUUGCCUCAUUUACAUGAACAACUGGAAGUAUGUCAGAAGUCACUGACAGGGUAUUUGGAGAAGAAGCGAUUACUAUUUCCAAGAUUCUUCUUUGUGUCUGAUCCAGUUCUCUUGGAAAUUCUUGGACAAGCCAGUGAUUCCCAUACCAUACAGCCACAUCUCCCUGCUGUAUCUGAUAACAUAAAUGAAGUUACAUUUCAUGCAAAAGAGUAUGAUCGUAUGCUGGCUGUCAUAUCAAGAGAAGGAGAGAAAGUUGUGUUGGAUACUCCUGUUAUGGCCAAAGGUCCUGUUGAGAUUUGGCUUCUGGACUUGUUAAAAAUGCAAAUGUCAUCAUUACACAAUAUAAUUAGAUCUGCAUACUACAAUGUCAGUGAUUCUGGAUUUCAGCUCCUACCUUUCCUCAAUCACUUUCCAGCACAGGUUGGGCUUCUGGGAAUUCAGAUGUUGUGGACACAUGAUUCAGAAGAAGCAUUACAUAAUGCAAAAGAUGACCGAAGGAUCAUGCAACAGACCAACCAGAAAUUUUUGGAUAUUCUAAAUAUUCUCAUUUCCCAGACCACACAUGACCUAACCAAGUUUGAUAGAGUGAAAUUUGAGACUCUGAUUACCAUCCAUGUGCAUCAGAGAGAUAUUUUUGAUGACUUGGUAAAAAUGCAUAUUAAAUCAGUUACUGAUUUUGAAUGGCUGAAACAAAGUAGAUUUUAUUUCAAGGAAGAUUUGGAUCAAACUGUCGUAUCUAUUACAGAUGUAGAUUUUAUUUACCAAAAUGAAUUUCUGGGAUGCACUGAUCGUCUUGUUAUUACUCCAUUAACAGAUAGAUGCUAUAUCACUCUAGCACAGGCGCUGGGAAUGAACAUGGGAGGUGCUCCAGCAGGACCAGCUGGCACUGGCAAAACAGAAACCACAAAGGACAUGGGAAGGUGUUUGGGGAAAUAUGUGGUUGUGUUCAACUGCUCAGAUCAGAUGGAUUUCAGAGGCCUAGGAAGGAUUUUUAAAGGUCUUGCACAGUCAGGUUCUUGGGGCUGUUUUGAUGAAUUUAACAGAAUCGAAUUGCCUGUAUUAUCAGUCGCAGCCCAACAAAUUUAUAUCGUUUUGACAGCAAGAAAGGAGAGGAAAAAACAGUUCAUUUUUUCUGAUGGUGAUUGUGUUGAUUUAAAUCCAGAAUUUGGAAUCUUUUUAACAAUGAACCCUGGAUAUGCAGGACGACAGGAACUACCAGAAAAUUUAAAAAUUCUGUUUAGAACUGUUGCAAUGAUGGUUCCAGAUAGACAGAUCAUCAUGCGAGUUAAACUGGCAAGUUGUGGUUUUCUUGAAAAUGUAAUCUUGGCUCAAAAAUUUUAUGUUCUUUACAAACUCUGUGAAGAACAACUUACUAAGCAGGUUCAUUAUGACUUUGGACUGAGAAAUAUUCUAUCUGUAUUGAGGACACUUGGAGCUCAAAAACGAGCCAGACCAGAAGACAGUGAAUUAAGCACUGUUAUGAGAGGACUAAGAGAUAUGAACCUUUCUAAAUUGGUCGAUGAAGAUGAACCUCUUUUCCUCAGCUUAAUCAAUGAUCUGUUUCCAGGAUUACAGUUAGAUAGUAGCACUUAUGUGGAUUUGCAAAAAGCAGUAGAAAACCAGGUGCAGCAGGAAGGUUUAAUAAACCAUCCACCUUGGAAUCUCAAACUUGUGCAGUUAUAUGAGACAUCACUGGUGCGUCAUGGCUUGAUGACUCUUGGGCCCAGUGGAUCUGGGAAGACAACAGUUAUAACAAUCCUGAUGAAGGCGUUAACAGAAUGUGGAAGGCCUCAUCGAGAAAUGCGAAUGAAUCCGAAAGCCAUUACGGCUCCACAGAUGUUUGGCAGACUGGACACUGCCACCAAUGAUUGGACAGAUGGGAUAUUCUCUACCCUGUGGAGAAAGACUUUAAAAACUAAAAAAGGUGAAAACGUGUUCCUCAUAUUAGAUGGUCCCGUCGAUGCCAUUUGGAUUGAAAACCUAAAUUCUGUGUUGGACGACAAUAAAACUCUUACACUAGCUAAUGGAGAUCGAAUCCCCAUGGCCCCCACUUGCAAGCUCCUGUUUGAAGUGCACAAUAUCGAGAAUGCUUCUCCUGCCACCGUGUCCAGGAUGGGCAUGGUCUACAUUAGCAGCUCCGCUCUCAGUUGGAGGCCCAUCAUGCAGGCCUGGCUAAAGAAGCGCACUGCACAGGAAGCUACCGUCUUCCAAGGUCUGUAUGAUAGUGUAUUUGAGGACGCCUAUACGUUUAUGAAACUAAACCUUCACCCAAAAAUGCAGCUCCUAGAGUGCAAUUAUAUUAUGCAAUCUCUCAAUCUUCUGGAAGGUUUAAUUCCCUCCAAAGAAGAAGGAGGUGUUUCCUGUGUUGAACAUCUUCAUAAGUUAUUUGUAUUUGGCCUAAUGUGGAGUUUAGGAGCACUUCUGGAAUUAGACAGUAGAGAAAAGCUUGAAGUCUUCCUGCGAACUCAUCAAAGCCAUCUAUGCUUACCAGAAAUACAAAAAGACUCUAAUGAAACCAUGUAUGAGUUUUUUGUCACUGAUUAUGGUGAUUGGGAGCACUGGAAUAAGAAAGUUCAACCAUAUUUUUAUCCAACUGACAGUAUUCCAGAAUAUUCAUCAAUUUUGGUUCCAAAUGUUGACAAUGUUAGAACCAAUUUUUUGAUAGACACCAUUGCAAAGCAACAUAAAGCUGUUUUGCUCACAGGAGAGCAAGGAACUGCAAAAACUGUAAUGGUUAAGGCCUAUUUGAAAAAAUAUGAUCCUGAAUUGCAGUUAUCUAAAUGUCUAAACUUCUCAUCUGCCACAGAACCAAAUAUGUUCCAGAGAACAAUUGAAAGCUAUGUGGAUAAGCGAGUGGGAAGCACCUAUGGGCCACCUGGAGGCAGAAAAAUGACUGUAUUUAUUGAUGAUAUUAAUAUGCCUGUGAUUAAUGAAUGGGGAGAUCAGAUUACUAAUGAGAUUGUCCGGCAAAUGAUGGAAAUGGAAGGAAUGUACAGCUUGGAUAAGCCUGGAGACUUCACCACUAUUGUGGAUGUGCAGUUCAUAGCAGCAAUGAUUCACCCUGGAGGGGGUCGAAAUGAUAUUCCACAGAGAUUAAAACGACAAUUCACUGUGUUUAAUUGUACAUUGCCUUCAAAUGCAUCAAUAGACAAAAUUUUUGGCGUUAUUGGUGGUGGAUACUUUGAUCCUUGUCGAAAAUUCAAGCCUCAAGUAUGUGAGAUGGUUGGACAUUUAGUUUCAGCAGGUAGAGUGCUUUGGCAAUGGACUAAGGUCAAGAUGCUGCCAACUCCUUCUAAAUUUCAUUACAUCUUCAAUCUUCGAGAUCUUUCCAGAAUUUGGCAAGGAAUGUUAACUAUCCGAGCUGAGGAGUGUGAUUCAAUACCUCUUCUCCUGUCACUUUUCAAACACGAAUGCAACAGAGUCAUUGCAGACAGAUUCAUAACUCCUGAAGAUGAGCAGUGGUUUAAUAUCUGUCUUAUCCGUGCUCUCGAAGAAAAUACUAGCUUAGACGUAGCAUCAUAUAUUUCUCAGGAACCAUACUUUGUUGAUUUUCUCCGUGAUAUGCCUGAACCAACGGGUGAUGAGCCAGAAGACACUAUGUUUGAAGUGCCCAAGAUCUAUGAAUUGGUACCAAGCUUUGAAUUUUUGGCUGAAAAACUCCAGUUUUACCAGAAGCAAUUUAAUGAAAUCAUUAGAGGAACAUCUCUUGAUUUGGUGUUUUUUAAAGAUGCAAUGACUCAUCUUGUUAAGAUUUCCCGAAUCAUUCGAACAUCCUGUGGAAAUGCAUUGCUAGUGGGUGUUGGCGGUUCUGGAAAACAGAGUCUGUCAAGAUUGGCAUCUUUUAUAGCUGGAUAUCAAAUAUUCCAGAUAACUUUGACCAGGUCUUAUAAUGUCACUAAUCUAACAGAUGAUUUAAAAUCUUUAUACAAAGUUGCUGGUGCUGAGGGAAAAGGUAUCACCUUCAUCUUUACUGACAAUGAAAUAAAAGAUGAAGCUUUUCUAGAAUAUCUUAACAACCUGCUCUCUUCAGGGGAGAUCUCCAAUUUGUUUGCACGCGAUGAAAUGGAUGAAAUCACUCAGGGUCUGAUAUCUGUGAUGAAGCGUGAGCUCCCUCGCCAUCCUCCAACCUUUGAUAAUCUAUAUGAAUACUUCAUUUCAAGGUCCAAAAGGAAUUUACAUGUUGUUCUCUGCUUUUCUCCGGUUGGUGAAAAGUUCCGUGCCCGUUCUUUGAAGUUUCCUGGCUUGAUCUCAGGUUGUACCAUGGACUGGUUCAGUCGCUGGCCAAAGGAGGCUCUGGUUGCAGUGGCCUCCUAUUUUCUAUCAGACUACAGUAUUGUCUGCUCUAUGGACACCAAGAAACAUGUUGUAGAAACAAUGGGUCUCUUUCAUGAUAUGGUUUCAGAGAGCUGUGAAAAUUAUUUUCAAAGGUACCGCCGAAGAGCUCAUGUGACUCCCAAAUCUUACCUCUCAUUUAUAAAUGGUUAUAAAAACAUCUAUACUGAAAAGUUGAAGUUUAUUAAUGGACAAGCUGAACGGAUGAAUAUUGGUCUUGAUAAGCUUAUGGAGGCAAGCGAAUCUGUUGCUAAACUUUCUCAGGAACUUGCAGUAAAGGAGAAGGAAUUAGCAGUGGCUUCAGUAAAAGCAGAUGAAGUGUUAGCUGAAGUCACUAUAAGUGCUCAAGCCUCAGCCAAAGUUAAAAAUGAAGUACAGGAGGUCAAAGACAAGGCCCAAAAAAUUGUGGAUGAAAUUGAUUCAGAAAAAGUAAAAGCUGAGUCUAAACUUGAGGCGGCUAGACCUGCUCUGGAGGAAGCAGAAGCAGCCCUGAACACUAUCAAACCCAAUGAUAUUGCCACAGUGAGGAAACUUUCCAAACCCCCUCAUCUCAUUAUGAGAAUCAUGGACUGUGUUCUGUUACUGUUUCAAAAGAAAAUAGAUCCAGUUACUAUGGAUCCAGAGAAACCUUGUGUCAAGCCAUCCUGGACAGAGUCAUUAAAAUUGAUGAGUGCGACAGGAUUCCUGUGGAGUCUUCAGCAGUUCCCCAAGGACACUAUAAAUGAGGAGACAGUUGAGUUCUUACAGCCAUAUUUUAAUAUGGAAGAUUAUACCUUUGAAAAUGCCAAAAAAGUUUGUGGGAAUGUAGCAGGUUUGCUAUCCUGGACGCUUGCUAUGGCAACAUUUUAUGGUAUCAAUAAAGAAGUGUUGCCUUUGAAGGCUAACCUGGCCAAACAAGAGGGUCGUUUAUCAGUUGCUAAUGCUGAACUGGGAAAGGCACAGGCACUGCUUGAUGAAAAACAAGCUGAGUUGGAUAAAGUUCAAGCAAAAUUUGAUGGAGCCAUGAAUGAAAAAAUGGAUUUGCUCAGUGAUGCUGAUAAUUGUCGGAAGAAGAUGCAGGCAGCUUCCACACUCAUUGAUGGGCUGAGUGGGGAAAAAGUGCGUUGGACGGCACAAAGUAAAGAGUUCAAGGCUCAGAUCAAUAGACUUGUAGGUGAUAUUCUGCUGUGCACAGGAUUUCUUUCCUACCUUGGUCCUUUCAAUCAGAUAUUUAGAAACUAUCUGCUCAAAGAUCAGUGGGAGUUAGAGAUGAGAGCACGGAAAAUUCCUUUCACUGAAAAUCUGAAUCUUAUUUCAAUGUUGGUGGAUCCUCCCACAAUUGGUGAGUGGGGACUGCAGGGAUUACCAGGAGAUGACCUCUCAAUUCAGAAUGGUAUCAUUGUAACAAAGGCCACCAGAUAUCCACUCCUUAUAGAUCCACAAACUCAAGGCAAAACUUGGAUUAAAUCCAAGGAAAAAGAAAAUGACUUGCAGGUGACAUCUCUAAAUCAUAAAUAUUUCCGUACACACUUGGAAGAUAGCCUUUCCUUGGGUCGACCCCUGCUUAUUGAGGACAUUCGUGAAGAAUUGGAUCCAGCCCUGGAUAAUGUCUUAGAAAAGAACUUCAUUAAAUCAGGCACCUCUUUCAAGGUGAAAGUCGGUGAUAAGGAGUGUGAUGUCAUGGACACAUUUAAGCUUUACAUUACUACAAAAUUACCAAACCCUGCUUUUACCCCUGAGAUUAAUGCCAAGACAUCAGUCAUUGAUUUUACUGUUACAAUGAAAGGACUUGAAAAUCAGUUACUAAGGAGAGUAAUUUUAACUGAAAAGCAGGAAUUAGAGUCUGAAAGAGUUAAGCUUUUGGAGGAUGUGACUUUUAAUAAAAGAAAGAUGAAAGAACUUGAAGAUAAUCUUCUUUAUAAAUUAAGUGCUACAAAAGGUUCAUUAGUCGACGAUGAAUCUCUCAUUGGUGUCCUUCGUACCACCAAACAGACAGCAGCUGAAGUCAGUGAGAAACUUCAUGUGGCUGCAGAAACGGAGAUCAAGAUCAACAUGGCUCAGGAGGAAUUCCGGCCUGCAGCCACUCGUGGCAGCAUUCUGUACUUUCUCAUCACAGAAAUGAGCAUGGUCAACAUCAUGUACCAAACCUCUCUGGCCCAGUUCCUGAAGUUAUUUGAUCAGUCCAUGGCCAGAUCUGAGAAGUCUCCACUACCUCAAAAGAGAAUUACUAAUAUCAUUGAAUUUCUGACAUAUGAAGUCUUUACCUACUCAGUCCGAGGCUUGUACGAGAGCCACAAAUUUCUCUUUGUACUCCUCAUGACUUUGAAGAUCGAUCUUCAGAGAGGAACUGUUAAACACAAGGAGUUUCAGGCUCUCAUUAAAGGGGGAGCAGCCCUGGAUCUGAAAGCUUGUCCUCCCAAACCUUUUCGCUGGAUCCUUGAUAUGACAUGGCUGAAUCUUGUAGAGUUGAGUAAACUCCCACAGUUUGCAGAAAUUAUGAACCAGAUAUCUCGUAACGAGAAGGGAUGGAAAAUCUGGUUUGAUAAAGAUGCUCCAGAGGAGGAAAUUAUCCCCGAUGGAUAUAAUGAUUCACUAGAUACCUGCCAUAAGCUUUUACUUAUCAGGUCUUGGUGCCCAGACCGUACUGUUUUUCAAGCAAGAAAGUAUAUUGCAGAUUCUUUAGAGGAAAAGUACACAGAACCAGUUAUCUUAAAUCUGGAGAAAACUUGGGAAGAAAGUGAUACACGAACACCUCUGAUAUGUUUUCUGUCCAUGGGAUCUGAUCCUACAAUUCAAAUAGAUGCAUUAGCCAAGAAACUGAAGCUGGAAUGCAGAACUAUUUCAAUGGGACAAGGGCAAGAAGUGCAUGCACGGAAACUGAUUCAGGUAUCAAUGCAGCAGGGUGCCUGGGUGUUGUACUGCAAAGAUUGUCACCUGGGCCUAGAAUACAUGGAAGUGUUGGAGACAUUAAGUACCACUGAAGCCAAUGAAGAUAGUUUCCGUGUGUGGGUAACGACCGAGCCCCAUGAUCGAUUUCCCAUUUCUUUACAACAGACUUCCAUCAAAUUCACUAAUGAACCACCUCAAGUGUUGUAACGCGCAGGUCUGAAAGAAACAUUUGCUGGAAUUAAUCAAGACUACUGGAUAUCAGCAUACUUGCCCAUGUGGAAGCCCAUGCUCUACACAGUAGCAUUUUUACACUCCACUGUGCAGGAGCGACGCAAAUUUGGUCCCUUAGGAUGGAAUAUUCCCUAUGAAUUCAAUUCUGCUGACUUUACAGCCAGUGUUCAGUUUAUUCAGAACCACCUUGAUGAAUGUGAUAUCAAAAAAGGUGUAUCGUGGAAUACAGUUCGGUACAUGAUCGGAGAAGUACAAUAUGGAGGCCGAGUGACAGAUGACUUUGACAAACGUCUGCUUAACUGCUUUGCUCGAGUCUGGUUCAGUGAGAAGAUGUUUGAACCGACAUUCUGUUUUUAUACUGGAUAUAAAAUCCCCACAUGCAAGACUUUGGACCAGUAUUUUGAAUACAUCCAGUCUUUGCCUUCCCUAGAUAACCCUGAAGUUUUUGGGCUUCACCCUAAUGCUGAUAUCACGUAUCAGAGCAACAUGGCUUCUGCUGUUCUUGAAACAAUUACAAACAUUCAACCCAAAGAAAGUGGAGGAGGAAUGGGAGAGACCCGGGAAGCCAUUGUUUAUAGGUUAUCUGAAGACAUGCUGAGCAAACUGCCUCCUGAUUAUGUUCCCCAUGAGGUUAAAGCUCGUUUGAUAAAGAUGGGACACCUUAAUUCAAUGAACAUAUUUCUUAGGCAAGAAAUCGACAGAAUGCAAAAAGUUAUCUCAAUACUUCGUAAUAGCUUGAGUGAUCUCAAAUUGGCCAUUGAAGGCACAAUCAUUAUGAGUGAGAACUUGAGAGAUGCCUUGGACAAUAUGUAUGAUGCUCGUAUACCUCAGCUCUGGAAAAGAGUGUCCUGGGAUUCAUCCACUCUGGGCUUCUGGUUCACUGAGCUUUUGGAAAGAAAUGCUCAAUUUUCAACGUGGAUAUAUGAAGGAAGACCCAAUGUUUUUUGGAUGACUGGUUUCUUUAACCCCCAAGGCUUCCUCACUGCCAUGAGGCAGGAAGUUACUCGUGCCCACAAAGGCUGGGCCCUGGACUCUGUGACCAUCCACAAUGAGGUUCUUCGGCAGACCAAGGAGGAAAUCGUGACACCUCCUGUGGAAGGUGUGUACAUUUAUGGGCUCUAUAUGGAUGGUGCAGCCUGGGACCGCCGGAAUGGGAAGCUCACUGAAUCCACCCCCAAGGUGCUCUUCUCACAGCUGCCUGUGCUACACAUCUUUGCCAUUAAUUCCACGGCACCCAAGGACCCCAAGUUGUAUGUGUGUCCCAUCUACAAGAAACCCAGGCGCACAGACUUAACCUUCAUCACAGUGGUCUAUUUGCGAACAGUCUUGUCUCCAGAUCACUGGAUCCUGAGAGGAGUGGCCCUUUUGUGUGACAUCAAAUGA